AUGGCUCCCUUCCAAGGUUCCGUCUCAGUCACCCACAUCACCACUGCCACCGCAGUCAUCAACAUCGACGGCAUCUGCUUCCUCACCGACCCAGUCUUCUGCCCAGCCGGGUCCGAAUACAUCUACGACGGUUGGGUAAAAGCGGACUGGAAAGAAUGGGGCUUCAACGGCCGCCCUCCAACCUCAACGCUUCGCAGCUUCGAGGGUCCCGCGCUCCAGCUUCACGACCUCCCGCCCAUCGACGCCGUGCUCCUUAGCCACGAAGACCAUGUCGACAAUCUCGACCCCCUGGGCCGACAGCUCCUUGACGGCCGCCGCGUCUUCACCACUCCUGACGGUGCCAAGAACCUAGCUCCUCGGCCCGGCGUCGUCGGCCUCCAGCCCUGGCAGACAGUUGAGAAGUUGAUCGGCGGCAAGCACUUCCGUAUCACUGAGGUCACUGGGUUUAUUGUUGAGUGUGACUCCUUCGGGGUCAGCGAUGAUGGAUUGCCGAAUGUAGUGUAUUUCUCAGGCGAUACUGUUUGGAUCGAUGAGCUAGCGGAAAUUAGAAAGAAGUGGCAUGUUUCUGUGGCAGUGCUGAACCUGGGGAAUGCGUUGUUCGAGUCGCCAAAGGGGAUGUUGCAGAUAACGUUUGAUGGGCAGCAGGCGGCGCAUUUGAUGCGAGUGAUUGGGGUGGAUGUUAUGGUGCCGAUUCACUUUGAGUCGUGGGAGCAUUUUACGGAACAUCAGGCGGAUUUGAAGCGCGUGUUUGAGAAGGAAGAGGUUGAGGGGAAGGUGUGUUGGUUGGUGCCGGGGGUGGAGAAAAGGGUUCUCUAG